AUGCCCGACGCGCGACCGCGCGCGACCAAGCACAACCUCGUCAUUCCCACCAGCCACAUCGGACUCGACGACCUUGUUGCCAAGCCUGAUGCUGUCACAGUACUUUAUCAUCUUGCUCGCCUCGCCCUCGACAGCCUCGGCCGGAGCAAGAUCAAGCCAGAAGACGGCCUUGUCGCGCCCGAUCUCCGCAUCGGCUUUCACCCGCCGCCGUUCUGCUCGCACCCACACCUCCAUCUCCACGCCAUCGAACUUCCCUUUACCAGCCACGCCAACUCGCUCCGCUUUGCCGCCAACUCGCUCCACUUUGGUUAUGUCUCGCUCGCCCAAGUCAUCGAUCUCGUCGCCGCCCGCGACGCCUCCGCCUACACCGCCGCCUCUCGACCGCCGGCGGCCAAAGUGGCUGAGGGGAAUGAGAGCGGAAGUGGAGAGAUGCUCGAGAACAAGAGGUCGACCGAGCACAGCAGCGCAGCCUCGCACUCGUCAUCCGAGUUGGUGUCGUCGACGGAAAAGGAUGUUGUCGAGGAGAAAGGCAGCAUGGGCUCCAGAGUUGUCGAGGAUAACGAGAGGCUGGCCAGGUGGAGGCGAAAGUCGCGGGCAGGCCGGCGCGGAAUCAAGAUCGCUGGAGUUGGAGCUGUUGUCAUUGCUCUAACUACUCUGAUUGUGCCGCUCGUCAUGGGCUACGCCCGCAACGGAUCCAUGAUGGGCUUGGCCUUUCCGGGCCCAGCAACGGUGGCGCUCCUUGCGCUGGCCGGACUGGUCAGCCAUCGCGCCCACCCGCUCGAGAUCUGGGUCGUUCCGGUUAUAUUCGCCUUUAUCCCCUUUGUGGCUUCCUUUACCGUUGCUGGUGGCUAUCUCCCCAUGUUUGUCUCGACCUACACCGAGCUGUACACUGGGCCGAUGCCUGCGGCGGGAAGCGCGGGCAUGGAGCGGAUGCUGGCGCCCGGCAUCUCGUGGGCGCGGCUCGAUGCCGGCUCGUACGAGGUGCUGGCCAACCACACGGCGGUGAUGAUGAAGAGAAACAGGCACGGCGAUAUUGCGCCGUGGGCUGCAGUGGCGCCGCUGGUGCCGGCGUGUGGCGCCGGAGGCUGCACCGGCCCGCGGACAGUUGUGGCCUGGAUUGUUGGCUGUCCUUCGUUUGAGUGCGACGGGCGGGUGCCCAAGCUUCCGAUCAUGACCUCGAGCGAGCACCUGGUGCGGAGCGAUAUGCGUCUGUUUGGCCGGAUCUACGGCUCGUUUGGCGCCGGCAUUGCCUCGUCGGUGGCCUCGUUUGGUCCGGACCUUGUCCUGGGCUCGAGCUUUGCCACCUUUGAGCUGACGAGCCUCGCCGAGGCACGGCUGCGAUUCGGCCUCCUUGCGCUACUCACGCCUAUUUUCUCGCCGAUGGUCACCUGCUUAAUGAUCGGUUGGGUGUGGUUCGACCUGCUCCCGCCGGACCGGGUCGGCGCCUGGGGCUAG